AUGGACGGACCUCAGAGGCCGAGAUUAGCCUCCCUCAGUGACUUUCAGUUUGGAGCUGUUGCCACGGAGACCAUCGAAGACGUUCUGCUCCACUUGGCACAGCAGAAUGAGCAGGCGGUGCAGGAGGCUGCGGGACGGACGGGCAGCUUCAAGGAGACCCGGAUCGUGGAAUUUGUUUUUCUCCUGUCUGAACAAUGGUGUCUGGAGAAAUCUGUGAGCUACCAGGCUGUAGAAAUCCUAGAAAGGUUUAUGGUUAAGCAGGCAGAGAGCAUUUGCAAGCAAGCCACACUCCAGCUGAGAGGUAAUGAGAAGAAGGAGCCUCAGAAUUGGAGGUCUCUGAAAGAGCAGCUUUUCAACAAGUAUAUCCUGCGUCUUGUGUCAUGCGUCCAGCUAGCCAGCAAACUUUCCUUCCAUUACAAAAUAAUCAACAAUAUUACAGUACUGAAUUUCCUCCAGUCUCUAGGUUAUCAAUACACUAAAGAAGAACUACUGGAGUCAGAGCUUGAUGUUUUGAAGUCCUUAAACUUCCAAAUCAAUCUGCCCACUCCCCUGGCGUAUGUGGAGAUUCUUCUAGAAGUUUUAGGAUACAAUGGCUGCUUGGUUCCGGCUGCACAGUUGUAUGCAACUUGCCUGACCCUGCUUGAUCUCGUCUAUCUACAGCAUGAACCCAUAUAUGAGAGUUUGUUGAGGACUUCAAUUGAGAAUUCCACACCCAGUCAGCUGCAAAGGGAAAAGUUUAUUUCAGUGAAGGAAGACUUCAUGCUCUUGGCAGCAGGAAUCAUUGCAGCAAGUGCUUUCAUCCAAAACCAUGAGUAUUGGAGCCAGGUUGUGGGACAUUUGCAGAGCAUCACUGGCAUGGCCUUGGAGAGCAUUGCCGAGUUCUCUUAUGUAAUCCUAACUCACAGCGUGGGAGCCAAUACUCCAGGGCGACAGCAGACUGCUCCUCCCCACCUGGCAGCCAGAGCUCUGACGGCUGUUGCUGCCUCCAACACAUGAGGCAGGCUGAGUCCGCCAAAUAUAAACAACCGUCUAUCACUGUAGCCCUCUCUCCCCCCGUUUACUUUCAUUACUUGGGGACAAAAGUUAGUAUUUUCUGAACU